AUGGCCGCCUGGAAUGCGGCGCCGCCGGGCCGAUUCCAGGAUAAGCUUGGCUUGGUGCUAGACAAGGGCACGGCGCUGCAGUCGAUCGCUACCUACACAGGCGUGGCCCUGGCCGCCGGCAUCGCCAGCCGCUAUGGGCCGCCGCUGCUGCGGCUCCUGCAUGUGCCAGGCCUGGGUUACCUGGGCCUGCUGCUUGGGGUGACCGCAGCUCUGAGCGCGCUGGCGGCGCUGGCAGCGGUUGGCAGGUGGCGCGAGAGCAGCGCGCGCUCCAAAGCCCAAUCGCUCCUGAAGCCGAUGCAGCGGGCGCUCCUGGGCCUGCCCCCCACGCCGCCCCCAAAGCCGCUGGACCCAACCCGCCCCGCGGCGGCGCCGACGCCCCCGAGGCCUGCGGCCGCGCUGUCGACGCCGCUGACCCCCGCGCAGCGCCCGUCGCCGGUCGUGUCGCGGCAGCAGGCAGCCUACGGCCUCACCACCCCGCAGAGCCUGGGGGCCGCCUCCCUGGGCGCGUCGGCCCACGCCACCGCCUCGCCGGCCUCCCGGCGCUCUCCCUGGUCGGCCGGCAAGGCCGUGGCGACGCCCGAGCAGCUGAAGCAGUACUUUGACAUGUUUGCCAGCCCCGCCGCCGCGCGCCAGCAGGCCGCCGCCCCUGCAUCGCCGGCCGACGCUGCGUACCAGCAGGCUGCUGCGGCCGCGGCGGCGGCGGGGCGGGGCCGGUACGAUCAGGGGGACGGGGUCGGCAGCCCGCUGCUGCCUCUGGGGCGCGACGCGCCGCUGUACCGCCCAUCAAUUACCCGCAAGGCCGGCGCCGGCGCGGCGGGAGCAGCGGGCAGCGCGGGCGACACGCUGCAGCCGUCUGCGGACUCCGAAACGACCGCUGUCAUCCGCGACAUGCUGCGUAUAGAGCUGGGCGACCUGGUGCUGUGGACAGAGCGCUUCCGCGAGUGGUUCUCCCUUCACCUGCUGCGCCCCCUCGUGGCCCAGCUGGACUCGGCCCACGCAGACGCCAACGCCUUGCUGGCACCUCUCAGCCACGACCGCCUGCCGCCGCUGGACGAGGCAGUGGCAGGGGCGAGCGGCGGCGGCGGCAGCGGCGCUGGUGGCGGCGGCGGUGGCGGCGGCGGUGACGUGGAUGUGGUGGUGGCGCAUUUGAUGGGGCUGGCGGAGCAGGGGGCGCGGUCGGCCGCGCCGGCGGUGCAGCAGCAGCUGCUUGAUGUGUACAAGGCGCUCCACCGCUACCAGCAGCUGCUCCUCCUCCUCCGCGGCCGCCGCCCCUCCGACCUCCUCCCCCCCGCCCCCGCCGGCUACGUCGCGGCCGCUGCGCGCCGCCUCGCGCGCGGCACCUGCCUGAACGACUUCUCGUGGAGCGGCGGGGGGGAGCACCAGGGGCGGCCCUGGACGCCGGACCUGCCCACGGACAGCGUCCUGGUGUUCUACCUGUUCGCCGCAUUCCUGGACGCCCCCGGCUGGCGCUUCCCGCUGCAGCCCGCGCCGGAGGGCGGCAGGGGCGCCCCUCUCUACCUCGGGCAGGUGCGCUCCCGCCCCCCCGCCUCCUACAGCGCCCUCCUCGCCUUCCGCCCCGACAAGCCCGGCCCCGGCGCCGUUGCCGUCAUCGGCUCCAACCUCUCAUCGCGGGAACCGAGGUACAGCCUGCUGGCCGAGGGCCAGAUCAUCACCCUGGAGCAGCGCGACGGCGCGUUCCAUGCGCUGCUGCUGUUCCUGUCGUACCAUGCGGCCAAUCGGCAGGGCCUCCUGGGGGGCCGCCUGCUGGGGGAGCUCGACGGCCUCGAGGCCGUGCUGCAGGGCGGCGCGCCGGCGCCGUCGGUGCCGCAGCGGGUGUGGGAGUGGUGGUUCCCGCGCCAGUAG